AUGUUGAAUUCUGCAAACGCCCAGCGCGCUCUGCGCUCGGAAGGGCCUUCGCCAACAACACCUGCUCUGCGGCGGACCAGCCAGGUGCAAGCCCAUACUUGGUUUUUAGGCUACCGGCAAGCACAUGGAGCCAGAAAUGUUACAAAAUGCAAUGCCCAGUCAUUUGGCCGCGGUCAGCCGCCGAACCAGUCGCAACCGAUGUCGUUGGCUCGGAGACCCUUCUACGAUCCUAUCGAACCUAUGCAGUCUCCUUACAUAAAACUCUCGGACGUCAUGGAUAAGGAUGUCAUUUCAAGCUCCUCUGGCCGGAAACUGGGCAAGCUGGGCGAGGCCUGGGUGGACACAUCUCGUCUUGAAGUGACCUGUUUUGACCUGGAGAGCAACGGCACUUUUGGCGUCGUGCCACUGUUGACGAUUAGGCAGGUUGGCGACGUCGUUCUGGUCCAGGAAGACGGAGUGCUGAGACAGCCGCUGGACAGCCGGUUCGGCUUCACCAAGCUGCUGGGCUGGGAAGUCCGCACGCCGAGCAACCGGGCCCUGGGCAAGGUCCGAGACUUGACCUUCAGUCGCGACACCGGUACCAUCAGCAAGUUUGAAUUCGAUGACUUUGGUCUGCGCUUCCUGCAUGCCGACUUUUUCGACCGCUUCGCUGUAUCCGCAGAUGCCAUUCGGCAUUGCGCCUACGGUAUCAUCUCCCUGGCCGCCGACAACGUGCAAUACCAGGAGAAACAGGGCCUGCUCAGCAGCCUACUUCGCCGGGUCGGGUUACUCGUACGAGCAGUGGCAGAGCGAUGUACGGAUGUGGGAAGCGCAGACGGGCUGUAG